CGUCAUGUGACUUCAGCAUGGCGGUGUUUGCCGACUUGGAUCUGCGUGCCGGUUCGGACCUGAAGGCGCUGCGCGGGCUCGUGGAGAACGCCGCUCAUCUGGGCUAUUCAGUUGUUGCCAUCAAUCAUGUUGUUGAAUUUAAGGAAAAGAAACAGGAAAUUGAAAAACCAAUAGCUGUUUCUGAACUCUUUACAACUUUGCCAAUUGUACAGGGAAAAUCAAGACCAAUUAAAAUUUUAACUCGACUGACGAUUAUCGUUUCGGAUCCAUCUCACUGCAAUGUUUUGAGAGCAACUUCUUCAAGGGUCCGGCUGUAUGAUAUCGUUGCAGUUUUUCCAAAGACAGAGAAACUUUUUCACGUUGCUUGUACACAUUUAGAUGUGGAUUUAGUCUGCAUAACUGUAACAGAGAAACUACCAUUUUACUUCAGAAGACCCCCUAUUAAUGUGGCAAUUGACCGAGGUGUGGGCUUUGAACUUGUCUAUAGCCCCGCUAUCAAAGACUCCACAAUGAGAAGGUACACAAUUUCGAAUGCCCUCAAUUUGAUGCAGGUCUGCAAAGGAAAGAAUGUAAUUAUAUCUAGUGCUGCAGAAAGGCCUUUAGAAAUAAGAGGCCCAUAUGACGUGGCAAACUUAGGGUUGCUCUUUGGGCUGUCUGAAAGUGAUGCCAAAGCUGCAGUGUCCACCAACUGCCGAGCAGCACUUCUCCAUGGAGAAACAAGAAAAACUGCAUUUGGAAUUAUUUCCACAGUGAAGAAACCUCGGUCAUCAGAAGCAGAUGAUGAUUCUCUUCCAGCUUGCAAAAAAGCCAAGUGUGAGGACUGACAAGAAUCCCCCAGUCUCUGUCAACACUCCCUUCUUCCCUUUGGUAGUUCAUCAGCCACCACAGAAAUAAGACCUUUGUAUGAUUUACUGUUGUCACUUGGAGCUAGAAAUUAGUAGUCUAUAAAAACGAUUUUAUAGUCAAACCAUUAAAAUAACAAAACCUAGUGAAGCAUAAAAAAAAAGACAGCCAACUUAAUGAAUUUAGAUAUACUAUAAGAGAAAAACAGACUAGUUUAUCCUUUGUUUUAAGUGAUAAAACGACAGGUAUAAUUGAAUAAGAAGAUGUUUCAAUAUUUCAAGAGACUCUUUAAAAUGUUUCUUAUUCAUUUAAAAACUCAGUGCUUUUUUGCUUACUUGAUGUACAUGGCUUAUUAUUUUUAAUCUUACUACUCAAAAAGUGGUUAUUUUUGAGGACUAUCUAUAUAUGUUAUAUAUGUAUAAAGCACUUUUGACUGACUUCCACUCGAGCAAUUUGAUGGGUUAGCCUCCUCCAUUCCCUCCGUAAAACUGUUGGCCGCUGCUGCUGAGCCCACGCACUGCAAGUCUGCCACUGCCUUGAGUGCCAGCUUGCCUCUGCCUUCACCCACUUGGAUUCACCAGAAGUUUUAGGUGUGUGUUUAUUCACAAGUCUGUUUAUGCCAUUGUAUUUAGCAUUGUAAAAUCAUGUAAGUUAAUUAAAAAUUAUGAGAACUGAUCAACUAUGAGGGGCAAAAAAAGAAUUCCCAGGAGAACUAAGUUGAUGCUUUCAAAAGGUUGGAAAAAGAUGACUCAUUAAAAAGAACUGCUGUCAGAAUAGGUGUGAGCAGGACAACUAAGAUUUGGGGGAGAUCCAGGAAAAAUUCUGCACUGCGAUUGCUUCACUGGAGUCUUAAGUUCUCUUUCUUCUUUAAAGAGACUGGAACUCGAGAAAGACAACUAGAUCUCCCAUCAGUGGAUCCAUUCUCCCAAGAACGGGCUUUGACCUUUCUUUAAAAGAUUGGCACAUGAGUAUACAUUUAUAUAUUUUAAACUCAAAUAAAAUGUUUAAGGGGAUGUAUGUUCAACUUUUUUUGAUGCUCCACCUUAGUCUGCUUUUCAACUAACUGACUAUGUAUUAGCCCCAGUUGCAUCAGGUAGUAUAUUGAGGUCUUUCAUGUUAGAUUAGGAAGGUCGAGUUAUUGCAGAUGUGACUGUCUUCUUGAAAGACUCAAGAGAAGCAGCUGGGAAAAGAUUAGAAACACAGGGGCUUCUUAAUUUACGCACAUUUGUUAUGUAUUUGCAAGCGUGCCUGCUUUCUCUUUAUGCAUACGUGCUUACCCUGUUGUUCAGGAGAGGGGGGCACACUGGCUGGUCACCAGUGAAGAGCAGCAAGCGAAGUUCCUGCUCAGGUUCACUUUUGUUAGAACAUGAACCACUGCUGGUUUAGUUGCAACAGAUGACAGGACCAUUAAUAAAAGUUCAGCAGAGUGUUCAGUUAUAAAAUAAAUACACAAAAGCCAAUAGUUUUAAUUAACAAUAACUUGUCAUGAAAUAUCAUUUUAAAAGCUGACCCUCUUUACAGACAUAAAUUACCAAGAAAUGUAUGUAGGACCUCUAUGAAGAAAACUUAGAUGAAGAUAAUGGAGAAAUUAAGACUGGAAUACAUGGAGGGAAACAUUCUGUUUGCUGGAUGAGGAGACAUUACACAUCCAGUUCUCCCCCAAAUUAAUCUAUGAAUUUAACAAAAUCUAAAAAUGUCUGUAUAUAAUUUUGCUUGCUUAUGUAUGUGUUUGGUUUUUAGACUUGGUAUUUUGAAAGAAUAAGUUUGAGAAUAGCUAGGAAAUUUCAUAGAAAAACACUGGGAGGGACUCAUACUGCUCAGUAUUAUAGAGUGCAACAGAACUCUAAUAAUUUGAACAGUAUGUAAUUGGUACAGAAAUACAUAUAAAUCAAUGAAAGAGUUGGGAGUCCAGAAACUCUUUAGUUAUCAGAAGAAAUGAUGGAUUGUUCUGUAAGUGACGUUGGAACACCUGGUUCCGUAUGUGAGAGGGGCAGUGCAGCCUACCAGUUAAGUGCAAAGACUGAAGACACGCUACCUGUGUUACAAUCCCAACUGGCUAGUGCUUACUCCCUGUGAUCUUGGGCAAAUUACAUAACCACUCUGUGCCUCGCGUCCUUCAUCUGUUCUCCCUACCUGUGGCGUCAUUGCAGGGGUUAAGUAGAUUAAUAUUUGUAGAAGGCUCAGAGCAGGACCUGUUGUAGAGAAUGUACCUACUGAGUAUCAGCUACUGUUCUAUCAUUUAGGAAUAAAACAAGUCUAAUCCCUAUCAGAUACACAGUACACACUGAUAGUAAGUUCAAGUGGAUUAAAUUUAAAUGAAAAAAACUUAUAAAAUAUUAGAGAAAAAUCUAGGUAAAUUUUUUUAAAAAAAUAAGCUUGGAUUAGAAAAGACCUAAACCAUGGUCAUCAAAGUCAGAAAACUUUAUUUAAGCUAGAUCAAGUUGUCUCUAUAAAAAUCUUCUGUUAGAAAAGUACAAAGAACUAGGAAAAUACAUUUACAAUGCAUAUUCCAGAGAGGUUUAGCAUCCUUAGCUUUUAAGAAAUUGUUUUAAAAAAACAAAUACCCUAGCCAGCCCUGAUGGUCUAGUGGUUAAAGUUCAGUGGGCUCCACUUAAGUGGCCUGGGUUCGGUUCUUGGGUGUGGAAUCACACCAUUCAACUGUCAGUAGCCAUGCUGUGGUUGUGGCUCACACAGAAGAACUAAAAGGACUUACAACUAGAACAUACAACUAUGCACUGGGGCUUUGGGGAGAACGAAAAAGAAGGGGGCUGGCCCAGUGGCAUGAUUAAGUUCAGCAUGCUCCGCUUUGGUGGCCCACUUUUGUGGGUUCAGAUCCUGGGUGUGGACCUUUGCCACUCAUCAAGCCAUGAUGUGGUGGCAACCCACGUACAAAAACAGAUGUUUGGGGCUGGCCCAGUGGCACAAGCCCUUAAGUGUAUGCGCUCCGCUGCAGCGGCCCAGGGUUCGCUGGUUCGGAUCACAGGCGCACACCGAUGCACCACUUGUCAAGCCAUGCUGUGGCGGCGUCCCACAUAAAGUGGAGGAAGAUGGGCAUGGAUGUUAGCCCAGGGCCAGUCUUCCUCAGCAAAAAAAAAAAGAGGAUUGGCAGAUGUUAGCUCAGGGAUGAUCUUCCUCACAAAAGAAAAAAAAAACAUGUUAGCUCAGGGCCAGACUUACUCAAGCAAAAAGAGGAGGAUUUGCAACAGAUGUCAGCUCAGGGCCAAUCUUCCUCACCAUAAAAAAAAAAAAAGGAAAA